AUGUCAUCAAAACUCUUGAAAGAACUUGAAGAAGAGAAAGAAAUUAAUGGACUUGAAAAGUUUAAUUUUUCUUUUGCUUCUCCUAAUUAUUUAGAAAUUAUUACUUUUAGUUUACCUUCGGCAAAAUUAUUGGGGAAACCUAAAAUCCUUGCCUUAAAAGAAAUAUUAGAGAAGUUAGGUCUACCUAAUCUUCAUUUUGUUUUGAAAAAGCGAGAAAAGUUAAGAGAAGAAGACAAUAGUGAUAAAGGAAACUUAGAGGAUAAUUUGCUAAGUACUACCUUAACUAAACUAGACAAAUCAUCUUUAUUAUCAGAUGCUCAGCAAAAAAAUUAUGCGGCAUUAGCUGUAACCGAUCAUUAUAAUGUUCAGUCCUUCCCAGAAUUUAAUAAGUGUCAAAAAAGUGAUUUAAAAAUUGUUUAUGGCUGUGAAAUGGAAAUGUUAGAAGAUGAUUUGCCUUCUUAUGUUUUUAAUCACUCAGAAGAAAUUCUAACUAAAAAAAUAAAUGAUUUAACUUACUGCGUAUUUGACUUAGAAACUACUGGCUUCUUCUCAGAGUAUAAUGAAAUCAUUGAAAUAGGAUAUGUUAUUUAUCAGAAAGGAGAAAUUAUUCGAGAAGGAGAAUAUCUGAUUUGCCCCGAAAAAGAAAUUCCGACAGAAUCCUACAGUUUAGAAAGAUUAAGUCAAGUUCCGGGACGAGCAAAAGUUUCUCAGACUCACCGAGCCCUAGAGGAUAGAAUAAAGGAACUAAUUAAUGGCAACCGCUUUCCCAACCGAGGAAAAAAAAUAAAAGUUUUAGUUUUCAACCAAGAAGGUUUACGCAAUCUUUAUCACUUAAUCACCCUUUCUCACACCAAAAGGCUAUUCCGAACUCCUUGUAUUUUUCGCUCCGAUUUAAUCAAGCAUCGUCAAGGUCUUUUAAUUGGGGCAGCAGGAGGAAGAGAAGGAGAAAUAUUUUCUCUUUUUAGUGCUUUUACUUCGGAAGAAAAAAAACAAGAGAAAAUGGCUUUUUAUGACUAUAUUGAAAUAAAUAGCCCAGAAACUGAAGAAAUGAAUAUUCCCGUAGUCUCUUCUCAUAAUGUUCACUAUUGUGAAAGCAAAGAAAAAGUUCUCAAGGAAAUCAUUAUAGCUAAUGAGGGGAUGAAUGGGGUCAGGCAUUAUCUGUAUAGUGAGGCGACUCUAGAAGGAAAAGAGGACCGUUUUGCUUGUUUACCAUCACAACACUUGCUUGAUCUAGAGGAGAUGAGUAUUAAGAGAGAAGAAAAUGAUCUAAUACACGCUUAUACUCAGCAAGCCAACAAAUUGUUUGCUUAUAAAGUUGUUCAAAAAACUCACCACGAUGGUUAUUUGGUUGGUUCACGAGGUUCAAUUGGCUCUUCCCUUAUUGCUUACCUUUGUAGUAUAACGGACUUAAAUCCUCUACCUUUUUACAAAUAUUGUCACAAAUGCUGCUAUGUUGAAGUCCAUAAAACCAAAGAUAGAAAUUAUUCUUGUUAUGAUUAUCGAGAACUAGAAAAUUGUCCUCACUGUUUUUCUCCGCUAGUCAUGGAAGGACACAAUUUGCCUUUUGAGACAUUCUUUGGCGAAUACCAAAAAGAGUCUCAUAAUUAUGUUCGUCAAUUGCUAGGAGAAGACUCAGUUUACAGAAUUGGCACAAUUAACACUUUAUCCGAACAAACUGUCGAAAUUUUUUAUAGAGAACAUUUAAGAUUACGAAAAGAACUUAAUUCUUCACAACAUCUCAAAAAACUCGCUAAUUCAGAAGCAGUCGCCCAAUGA